UCCAUGCGUGUCACUACUGAAUCAAAAUGUAAAAUAUUGCUGACACACGUCCAGUCACCCACUACCAAGUUAUUUACUAUUUAUCAUUUUCGCCAUGGCCCAUUUGAAUUAUCCGUCCUCCGACGGGUUUAUUUCUUUCUUUUCGCUUUUAUGACAGUGAGCAGCUGACGAAAAUCGUUCAUAAACGUUACGCAGAUAUUGGAUGAACGUCUUGCAGAUUUUCGGCAUUAAUAAUUCGCUAACGACGUUUCACCACGUUAUAAUUCGACGAAUACGACAUUAAAAUAAUAAUUUAGAACGUCCGUCAACAUUUUCUCAAAGACAACCAUGUCAGCCAAUGAUAAGAUUCGAAAACUUUGUCGAAUAUGUGGUGAUGUUGGUUCCAUAAAUAUAUUUGGAUCAUUAGGACAGUCAUUAGAUUUAUCUGAAAAGAUAAAUACACUAUUGCCAAUACAUAUAGCACUUAACGACCGGCUUUCAAUAAUGGCUUGUGAUGCUUGUGUCAAUCAAAUAACUACAAUGAAUCAAAUAGUGGGAAUAGCUAUUCAUACCAACGAGUUGAUGAUCAAACUACUAGAAAAAAAAGAUAGUACUUUUCAAGAAAGGAUGCUGAAACUUUGUCGUAUCUGUGGAAAUCCUGGAUUGUUGCAAAUUUAUAAUCAAUUUAAUGAAAAUUCGCCGAACUUAGCUGAUAAGAUGAACUCAUUUUUAACGCUUAAAGUGUCCCCUGCUGAUCAGCUAUCACUGAAAAUUUGUCAAAAUUGUUUUAAUCAAGUGGAAGAUGUGUACCCUGUCAUUGAAUAUUGUCAUAACACUACACAACUAAUGUCGAUGAUUGUUGGAAACGUACCACAGGAUAAUAUGACAGUCGAAAAUGCCUCGUUAGAAAUCGCUGAAACCUUUCAAGACAAUUUUAUCGAAUUUGAUAUUAAUGAAGUAAUAAUCCAAGAAAAUAACAAUAAAGAAAAUGAGUUUGGCAAUAUUAUGAAGGAACAUGAUACUGAAAAUAUUAUACAUACGACUUUUAGAAGUACAAAUCAAAUACAAUGUUUACGUUGUACAAAUAUUUUUACCUGUGGUACAGAAUUGAGACGCCAUAUUCUGUUGAACCAUAACUUGAAAGACUUGGAUUGUCAUCAUUGUUUUCGUCGCUGUUCCAAUUUAUUGGAAUUUGAAAAUCAUGUAAAAUUACAUUUUAAAGCUGAACACCCUUACUAUCCAUGUGAUUUAUGUUUGAUCAGCUUCAACAGUUUGGCAAGUCUUAUACUCCACAUUAAGACACAUGACAUACCACAUUCCAAAGAGUGGGCACUUAUUUACAACCUAUCUGAUAAAUCUACAUCUUUUAACUGUAAAUAUUGUAAUAAGAUUUUUAUACAUGAAGCAUCAAGACAAAUCCAUGAGCGUAUUCAUUUUACAUGCUUAAUAUGUGAGACAUGCGGUAAACAAUUGCCAAACAAGUCUCAGUUGAGUGUACAUCAGCGUCAACAUACCGGGGAAAGACCUUACCAGUGUAUGAACUGUGGUUCUUCGUUUAAAUGCUUGUCAACAUUACGCCAACAUGAAGUUGUACACUACGAAAAAAAAUACAGCUGUGAAGUCUGUCUGCGUAAGUUUAGCCGGCCAGAAAAGGUUCGUAUACACAUGAGAGUACACACAGGGGAAAAGCCCUACAACUGUUUGAUAUGUCAUAAAAAUUAUCAACAGAAAAACGAUUUAAAUCGUCAUAUAAAGAAGAAACAUGAGGAGGAUUAUGCUAUAAACAAUAUCAGACUAAAUUUGUUUUAAAAAUUUAAUUACUCAAUAUUUAAAAUAAUCAAAUUAUUGGUUACAAUUAAUAUUCUCAUAUAUUUUUAAUAAUGUACAUUUACUA